UAUCACUAUCCGGUCACAUGAUCUCAGUUUUCAUCGGCGAGUGAGCGCGCUCCCGCUUGCCGAUAUUAUCCGAGAGCGCGUGCACGGUAGAGGACCGGGAGGCUUUGUGUGAAGAGAGCCGGCUGUACUGUCACCCGGGAGGAGGAAGGAGAGCGGACACGUCGCACAGCGGGUGUAAUGGAGGCUCACGAAGAGGCUGUGUCUGAGGCUCCCCAGGACACAAUGGAGGUCAAUCCAGAAUAUCUGAAGCAGCUGAGAGAUCUGGAUAUUCCAGAAGAAGAGGCGAAGAAGGCUCUUAUUCUGACCGGGAACAUCUCUGCUGAGGAGGCGGCCAUGUUUUACUUUGAAAGCUUAGAAAACCACAAUCUGUAUGCAGAUGAAGAUGAAAUGUUUUACAAAAUGGUCUUUGUGGUGAACAUGGAGCUCCCUAUGGGGGUUGGGAAGGUUGCAGCACAGGUUGGGCAUGCAGCAAUCGGCUUAUAUCAACUUCUCUUAAAGGAUUCUAAGACCAAGGAGAUGGCUGAUAAAUGGGAUGUGUUUGGGGCUAAGAAGGUUGUCCUUCAAGGUGCAAGUGCAGCUCACCUAAUGCAGCUACAGGCUCUGGCAAUAAGUUUGGAUCUUCCAACUUACCUGGUGCAGGAUGCUGGUAGGACUCAGAUUGCAGCUGGUUCACACACCGUCCUCGGCAUCAUGGGCGAAGAAGAGAAUGUGAAUAAAGUAUCUGGAAAAUUGAAAUUACUGAACUGAAGGCUAGCAACGCAAGCAGGAGAAAUCCAUGUGCUGGCAUUAGAGGGAAGGCCAUCACGAUGUUCUCAGAAACUUCCUUCUUAGCGCAAAGAAGCGGGAGAUAGCGUCAGGACCAGUCUUGUUCCAGCAGGCGAUGUUUUACCUACACCACCUCUCGCACAAUGGAAAUGUAACGGCGAUGGGAGUAGAUACAUGAACCUGCCAAUAAGAACUAGUGGAAGAGCGCAGCGGUCAGUGUUAGUAUUUAUCGGAAACGGCAAGCCUCAUUCAUCAAAGCAUCUAAAGAUAGAGCUGUUUAUGUUGACCCCGUAGAAUAGGAUCCAAUCAAAAUAUCAGUUUCAUCCUUUUUUUCUUUUUUUUCACAGAUCAGCAGUUUUGUUACCCUGGUGAAUUGUAGUUUGCUGAUCUGGCAGAUUUAUGCAGUACCACGGUCUGUCUAAAUCUGGAAUGUGGUUUGCCAUUACAAUGGAAGAUUGCAAAUCCGUUUACCCAUCCUUUGUUUUCUGGUUUACAUUUGAAACUGGUCAGGGGUAACAUUUUCUGCAUGUUAAUAUAUUUUAGACGUGAUAUGUGAGUGUCGCUAAAGCUUCUGGCUUGUGUUUUUAAAACAAAGCCGUCUUAUAGUGGACUCUAAUCUUUACAGGCCAGUAAACUAGAAUACAAGGAGCUUUAUGGGAAAUAAAACUGCUAAUACUGUUCACAAACAAUCAUGUAAAAGUUCCCAAAACUG